ACGCUAAACGCCGCUAAGCUGGUCCGGCAUCCCUGACUGACUGAAACACGCGCAAGCAAAAUAUUUAAGAAUAGAAAUGGAAAACAGUAGUUAAAAAAGAAAGUUUAACAUAAAAGUUCUGCCUUAAUCAUCCCUUCUGUACAAUAUCACCAAACUACCUCCACAAAAAGGACUUAAUACAUAUAAACCCGAAUCCGGAUACAAGGUAAGGUCUACAAUGGCUGGCGUACUCUUCGAGGAUAUUUUUAACGUAAAGGACAUGGAUCCGGAGGGCAAGAAGUUCGACAGAGUGUCCCGCCUGCACUGCGAGUCUGAGUCCUUUAAGAUGGAUCUCAUCCUGGACAUCAACUCGUGGCUGUACCCAAUGGAGCUGGGUGACAAGUUUCGCCUGGUCCUGGCCACCACGCUGCGCGAGGAUGGCUGCCCGGACAGUGGGGAGUACAAUCCCAUGGAGCACGAGGGCACGCGGGCGGAUAGUUUCGAGUACGUUAUGUACGGCAAGAUCUACAGGAUUGAGGGUGACGAGGCACACAACGAGGCUUCCCGGCUCUCCGCCUACGUGUCUUUCGGCGGUCUGCUGAUGCGACUGCAAGGAGACGCGAAUAAUCUGCACGGCUUCGAGGUGGACCAGCACAUGUACCUGCUGAUGAAGCGGCUGGCCUUCUAAACUUUUUAUAUACUUAUUUCCGUUCGCAAAUUAGACAUAAACAACAAACUUUA